AUGUGUCUGUUGCCAAUGACUGCGGCGGCAACAACGAACAGACAAUGUACUGAGUGUGCUUCGUAAAAUUUGACGUUUCCUGUUCAGUUUAUUAGUGCGGUUGUUAGUAUUGUGCAGUUAAAUAUAUCGAGAAAAUAAGAUAUUCAUACAAAAUUUGAGGUAGAUGUACAUUUGUAUAUAUGCUUAUUGCACAAAAUACUUAAAUUGCAAAACGUAGCAGAGGUAUUUAUCUAAUAAAAAUAAACUGCAUACACUAAAGUAGGAAAGGCAACUGCGAUUAUUCUUGACCAAGCGGAAAUAUAUAUUGGAGACUCCGUCGUUUUGGACAUGUCAUGUCAGCACGUAUCACGAUUCAAUACAACAGCAACGUCAGUUUUAUCUGAAGAUCAGGACCCGUAUGUGUUCACAGAAACAGUGCCAACUACGCCACCCAUUUUAUUUAACGCUCAGAAAUCGCGAAGCAAGGUAUACAUAGACGCUCACGCAAUAACAACUACUCCAACCCCAAUACAAAGUUUAUCCCCAAUACCAGCCGUAAGUGCAGCAGCUCCAACCAUAGAAACACCAACGCCGGCGGCAUUAGCAUUCGCCUCACCAGUCACCAACAAACGACAAAUACCAACAGUUACAACCAACGCAAAAUCGAAAUUCAAUCAGAAAUUACCAUUGGGACCCUUGAAUGGCAAUAAUACAAAAACGCAGGCGGCAUCGACGUUGGCUGCUGCAACGGGCCACAAUGGGCCUUCAGCAGCGGUCGCGACAAAAACGGUUUCACCUUCAACUGUGAAGACAACAAAUUUGCAAUCUCAGAAGCAGAUUCAGCAGCAUAAGAAAGCUUUGAAUGUGUGCAUAGUGCGACCGCAACAGCAGCAACAAUUGGCACAGGCUGUGCGACAACAACAUAAUUAUAAAGUACAGCAGCAGCGGAAGCAAGCCUCAUCGCCACCGCCCCUAUUUCAGCACACUCCCUCUCUAUGGCAAACGCCAUUGCUAUUGGAUACGGGGUCGGCGGUGGUUAGCCCACCGACAUCACCCGCUUCGUUGCCCUCUCCGCCGGUUGCGGUUACACCAACACCUACCUCGGUAACAUUACCGAUUGCUGCAGCUACAGCUAUGGUUAGCCCUCUGAUUACAGUAUCAGCGACAACAUUGCCACCAUCUAAAUUUCAUCACAAUACACUGGCACAGCAUUUGCAAAAAUUAGAAUGCAUUAAGAAGCCAAAGAAACCCAUUUCUGGGGGCAAUGUUCAUAACGGUAAGCCUAUAAAACAGUUUCAAGUGCAACAAAAUAUUCAGGAGCAGGACACACCAUUGAAGCAGCACCGUACACCCUUGUUGUCACAGCAGCAGAAUCAACAAUUAAGUGGUAUAGGCGCCAAAACUGUUAUUGUUCAACCGACGGCGGCAAUCUUGCAUGCACAUGCGGCUCAACAGUCUCAGUCGCAGACGCAAAUACACAACAAGUCGCCUGUGGUUAUGCCCUCUGCACCGCCUCCAUUGCAGGCAAUUCAGGCGGUUACACCACCUCAACAUUCCGAUUCCGAUUUGAAUGAGAUUCCAGUAAAUGUUAUAUUUCGCAAGCCGCAAACGAGUGAAAUGCAUCACUCACAACUCGGUGGCACUGUAAAUGCGAACGCUAUGACCAAUACUGUAAGUUCCAGAAGUAGCGGUGUCGACAACACAACGGUGAAUAGAAGGGGCUCAGCAAUUGAAAUAAUAAACAAAACGAGCUCAACUAAGGCAAAACCUAAAUCAAUAUCUACAGCUGUUACGGCCGCUGAAACUGUAAUUCUGCCGCCGUCAACUCUACAGCCUUUUCCACAUGUGUUACGCGACAUUGUUUUCACGCACACCGUACCAGCGCAAAUUGCGUCGCGCGAAGAUACUUCGAGGCUACCUGCCCCCAUAUACAACAAACCUCAUCUCCAACCACCUGUCGCUAUACAUAAACAGCCGCAAAAUAUGUCUUCCAUGGCAAAACCAUCACCUCCAACAUCGGCACAACAGCUGAAAUAUGAUACUACAACCUCUGCUCAACUUGCAUGUAAGCCAGGAGAAGGUGGUAAAAACGCUGGUGACGAAGGGAAAACUCCGCAAAAGGUAACGGAUGCACAGAAUGUAAACGCUGUAGUCAAAACUCCGUCGGCUACUGCCAAAAAUGCAUCCAAACGAAAAACAUCUGCAACGGCAACGGCUUUGGGGAAAAACAAAAACUAUUUGCCACAAUAUGCAAAAAAGCGUAGCCGCAAAUUGGGACCGUUGUUUCGAACAUAUGAUAACCAAAUGGUGGUAAGUGCUAAUGAUUCGCUAGAAAGCAACACUAAUCCGCAAAAGAAUCGGAAUUGCCAUGCUGUGGCAGUAGUAAAGAUGUCUAGUGCCGAAAUUGAAGCAGAUACAACUUUGUUGGCCUCUAAUGUAGUGCUGCCAUACUGCAUCCAAAAACAUUGGUUGUUUAUUACCCGCGAUAUAGAGUUAGUGGAAGGCGUUGGUGUGAUUGCUACUGCAACUGGUAAAGGUGUUGGCAGUUUCGAAGCGAUUUUGCAGGUGGCAAGUGAUCGAGAGUCCCAAAUUUCUCAUCGAAAGAUGCUUUUGCGGCGUCAAGCGAUGCAGCUCCUCUCCACUCAAUCCUUGCAAAAAUUGCCGAUGCAGGCAGCAAAACGCCGAUUGAUGUGUGUCGAUCGCUUAUUGAGAAAGUACGCCCGUCAUGGUGGAGAUGACAUAAUCACUCCAAAGAAUUGUAACUCCGUUGGUUGUUGUAAAGGUGUUCUUGAAAUUGCAGCCCAAUGUGAAGAUCACAUUGUGGACAAUAUCUCGCAGCAUAUCUUCUUGCCGUGUACGGCGAAAUUCGCCGACAACACCCAAUGCCGAAUUCCCGUAUUUGAUAUAAUGCAUGACCUGCCACUUUGUGUAGAGCAUGCGCGCAAGCGUGAUGCCUAUAAUCGUGUCGUACAUGAACAACAGCGAGUUGGGAGUCACAAAUUGACCACGGCAACUGUAGCUACUGCAAUGACUCAAUCUUCUCUGGACUGUGAUGCCGGUGAUUUGUUGCGACAACUUCAACAAAUUCAGCAUCAGCAUAAACAGCAGCAGCGACAGCAGCAGACACAUAUGCAGCCUAACCUACAUAGCACUGCUACAGUUGGCAAGAACAAGAAAUGUGUCAAUAUGAAAGCGACAACCACGCGUAAACGCAAAGCUCCCAAUACACCGGGGUCCAAUACGGUCGGUCGGCCACAAAAGCGUCCGCGUAAAAUAGGAGCUAACGGAGCGCCAUCUGGACCUGUUGUGUCUGCAACAAUAGCUCCAAUGCAAUUGACUUCAGCAGUGUUGCAGCGAAAGGGUAGCACCACCUCACUGGAAUCGAUUGCAAGUAAUUCGCAAUCCUCCAAUUCCCAGCCGCAUUAUAUUUCUUCGAACAUAAGUGUUAAAAAUCAAACCCAAAUAGCUAUGCCCGCAUUGGCACCGCUCAGCGGACACAAUGCGCCGAUCGUUAGCAACACUUUGACGGUGGGUUCGGCGCCAAAACGUAUGCUUAACUUCAGCACAAGCAGCCGCGAUAGCGUUGCAACUUUGGGAGGCACCGAAAAUAUUAUGGCUCAAAAUUUGAAGCCACAUGAAAUUAACCAACUGGUUGCACAGUUCUCUGUUGCAGUUAGUAACAACAACAAUAAUAAUGAAAAUAGCAACAGUCUCACUGCAUAUAGCAACAGCAGUAUAAACAACACUUAUAAUUACUUGAGCUCAAAUUGUGACUCCAACUUCACAUCGGCGCUGGGCUCAUCAUCAUCAUUGCCCUCGUCAACAGAGGAAUUGUUCCGUCAAGAAUUGCUAAGUGUUUGUGAAAACAGUUCAGCCUAUGCCAGUUCUGAGGAUACCGGUUUAGGCGGACUGAGUGAGACUGAGCUGAUGGUGGGUCCCAAUGAUGCAGACGACAUACCGUUGGGAGAUACACGCUUGUUAGAGGAACAUGAUCUAGCAAAUGUUCUUAGUGCCCUACCAGAGGAUGCAUUCAAUGAGCUAUUUACAGCAGUACAUCAAGAAGAACGUGAAGAAGUUGAGCGAGCUCUUGAAUUGGCUGAUAAGCAUUUAAAGAGUCUACAACAGACCAUUGGCUCCGAUAUUGAUUUCUUAGGAGAAUUUCCUGAUGAUGAUGAGAUCUUAGCUGAUACCGAUGCUAUGUGUAACAAAAUGGGCAUGAUGCAUUCACCAGAUGCUACGUCUGGCAUUGACACGUCAACACUAUUUAUUGAUAGUGGUAGCAACAGUGUAGGAGGAGGUGGUGGGAGCUUAAAUUCAAGCAAUAUUGCUGAUAUACGCGGUCUUGUACAAACGUAAAUGAUGAGGCGAAGUAGUGGAUAGUGAGUCAAUGGAGACUACCUACAUGAAUAUGAAUAAAGAAAUAAUAUUAGAAUACAUAAAAAGGUUAAGAUAAAACAACCAUUAAUACAAAACAAAAAAAAAAA